AUGAACAUAAUUAGCAUUAAGAAAAAUGGUUGUACUCAAUAACCCACACUACAUCAAUUAAUAACUUACAUACUUUAUUUUCCAAACCUCCUCAUUUGUUUUUUACUAAUAUCUUUACUUGAUUACUUUGUAUAUUGAUUUAUCAAAUUUAGGCAAUUCAUUUCUCCAUUUUAGGUAUCUUAACUUUGAUAUCUUUAUUUUCUAGUGCGAAAACUACUUUGAGUCAUCCCACUGAUAAGUUUAUUAUUAAACAAUUCUAGACUCAUCUUUAAGGGUAAGUUUGAUCUUUAUUUCUCAGAUAAAAUUUCGAUCAUGCAGGUUAUAAAUUAGAGUCAUUUUGUGAAAUAUGUGAUGCCUAUGUAUAAGAACAUACUAAGCAUUGCAGAAAUUGUAAUAGGUAAAUUUCAUUAUAAUUACUAUUAGAUGUUGUUAAGGUUUUGAUCAUCACUGUAAAUGGAUUAAUAAUUGUGUAGGAAAUCUCAAUUAUAAUCUUUUUAUAUUAAUGAUUACUUCAACUUUGCUUCUUUUCAUGUAUACAAUGCUUAUCUAUAUCUAUAUAAUUGUAUUAUAUCAAACUAAUUAUGAAACACUCAAUAUAGACAAUGAAUUAUAGAAAUUUGUACUAUUUUAUUAUAUUUAUCAUAGCAUUUUACUUCAGAAAAUGAUCUAAAUGUAAAAUAUGUACUAUCCAUAAUAAUGUUGGGAGACUCUGCUUUUAUUGUAAUUUUACUCUUGUAGUUACUGAUCUUCCACAUUUACUUAAUUAUAAAAGGUAUUACAACUUAUGACUUUUUAAUUAAAAAUGAAUACAAAAAAAUUCUACCUCAAUUUCAAAUAGGACCUUAAAUGUUUUAAAGUGCAUCCAAAAAUAAUUUAAAGGCUAGUAAUGAAAUAUAUGGAUUAGCUAAUAAAAAUACAACGUAUCAUCUCAUUUAUCAUUUUUAGAGUUGAUAUAAAUUUAAAUUAACAUAAAACAGUCCCAGAUAAACCAACAAAUCAAGAUGAAACUAUUAUAGACAAUCAAAUUUUGACAUGA